AUGUCUUCCAGUUUUGAUGAUGAUACUGAAUCAAAUAACAAUAUCAGAGAGUAGUUUAUCGGUAUUGGUGAUUAAAAAAUGAAAUAAAACAAUCAAUUAUUAGAUAUGAAUGCUAGAAUUGAAAAUGUUAAUUAAAUAGGAUACUAAGUAAACGCAGAUCUAAAACAACAGGGAGAUAAACUUUAAGUUAUUAAUAGAAGAGUAAAAGAAACUAAUCAUGAAGCUGAUAAAGUUGACAAAAUAACUAAUAAAAUGAGAAGAAGAUAGUUCUAUAUGAAUUGCCUUCUUUACUUUGUCGCUUUUGCUCUCUUUAUAUCAAUUAUUGUAGUUUUAGGAGUUAAAUUAAGUAAAAAACUUAAUUGA